AUGGAUGGAAGUGAUUUAUACAAAGCAAGUAGUAGUUUACGAGGGAAUACUUCGACGUUUUUCUCGAGAUCCUCGCGGCGCGAAGAAGAUGAUGAAGAAGCCCUCAAAUGGGCUGCAAUUGAAAAACUCCCUACUUACAAUCGUUUAAAGAAAGGGUUGUUGGCCAGUUCACAUGGAGUUGCCAAUGAGAUUAUUGAUAUAGAUAAACUUGGAGUUCAAGAAAGACAGAAACUUUUGAAUAGGUUGAUCAAAGCUGCUGAAGAGGAUAAUGAAAAGUUUUUGUUGAAGCUAAAGGAAAGAAUUGAUAGAGUUGGGAUUGAGAUUCCAACAAUUGAAGUUCGUUUUGAGCACCUAACUAUUGAGGCAGAGGCUUAUGUGGGAAGUAGAGCAUUACCUAGUUUCACAAACUUUACUAUUGGUGCAGUGGAGGGUUUACUUGCUUUUCUUGGUAUUAUAUCACACAAAAAGAAACAUAUGACUAUCCUUAAAGAUGUAAGUGGAAUAGUCAAACCUGGUAGGAUGGCACUGCUUCUUGGUCCUCCAAGUUCCGGAAAGACCACACUUCUUUUGGCCUUAACUGGAAAGCUUGAUAAAGCUCUCAAGGAAUCUGGUAGAGUGACUUAUAAUGGAUAUGGAAUGGAUGAAUUUGUACCUCAAAGAACUGCUGCAUAUAUUAGUCAACAUGAUGUUCAUAUUGGAGAAAUGACUGUUAGGGAAACAUUGGCUUUCUCAGCAAGGUGCCAAGGAGUUGGAUCAAGAUAUGAUUUGCUAUCUGAGUUAUGUAGAAGAGAAAAAGAAGCAAAGAUCAUACCAGACCCAGAUAUUGAUGUCUACAUGAAGGCAACUUCAACUGAAGGCCAAGAGGAAAGUCUGAUAACCGAUUAUAUGCUGAAGAUAUUGGGGUUGGAUAUAUGUGCUGAUACCAUGGUAGGAGAUGAAAUGCACCGUGGUAUCUCCGGUGGACAAAGAAAGAGACUUACCACAGGAGAAAUGUUGGUUGGACCAUCGAAAGUUCUAUUCAUGGAUGAAAUAUCAACUGGCUUAGAUAGUUCCACAGCUUUUCAAAUUGUGAAAUCUCUUAGGCAAUAUGUUUAUAUUCUUCAUGGAACUGCACUUAUCUCAUUGCUUCAGCCAGCACCAGAGACUUAUGAACUUUUUGAUGACAUUAUUCUUUUAUCUGAUGGUGAAAUUGUUUACCAAGGACCUCGUGAAAAUGUUCUUGAAUUUUUUGAAUCUAUUGGUUUCAAAUGUCCUGAGAGGAAAGGCGUUGCUGAUUUCCUUCAAGAAGUAACUUCAAGAAAGGAUCAAGAGCAAUAUUGGAUGCACAGAGAUGAACCAUAUAGGUUUGUAACAGUUACUCAAUUUGCAGAGGCAUUCAAGUCGUUCCAUGUUGGGAAGACGAUCAAAGAAGAGCUUGAAAUUCCAUUUGACAAGUCAAAUAAUCAUCCAGCAGCAUUAACAACUAAAAAGUAUGGUGUUAACAAGAAGGAACUAUUAAAGGCUAACAUCUCAAGAGAGUUUUUGCUUAUGAAAAGAAAUUCAUUCAUUUACCUCUUUAAGAUGGUUCAAGUUUCUAUAAUGGCAACAAUUACUAUGACACUUUUUCUGCGAACCCAUAUGCACAAAGAAACAGUGAUUGAUGGACAAAUUCAUUUUGGUGCUUUAUAUUUCUCAUUGAUAAUGCUCAUGUUUAAUGGAACUAUUGAGCUUACAAUGACAAUUGUGAAACUUCCUACAUUCUUUAAGCAAAGAGACCACUUAUUUUAUCCUUCAUGGGCUUAUGCUAUUCCCUCAUGGAUUGUAAGAGCCCCUGUUACACUUGUAGAUGCUUCUAUUUGGGUAUUCCUCACUUACUAUGUAAUUGGAUUUGAUCCAAAUAUUUGGAGAUUUCUUAAGAUGUAUCUUCUACUAAUACUGUUAAACCAGACAGCUUCUGGAUUGUUCCGAGCUAUUGCAGCAUUUUGUAGGGAUAUGAUUAUUGCUAACAUAACUGGCUUCUAUACACUUCUUAUAGUUUUCACAUUGGGUGGAUUCGUUCUUGCAAAAGAUGAUAUUAAGGGCUGGUGGAUUUGGGGUUACUGGAUAUCACCUUUAAUGUAUGCACAAAAUGCUAUAAUGGUGAAUGAAUUCCUUGGAAACAGUUGGAACAAAAUAACUCCAUAUUCAAACAUGACACUGGGAAUUCUAUCUUUGAAGUCACGCGGAUUCUUCACACAUGCAUAUUGGUAUUGGAUAGGAGUUGGUGCAUUAAUAGGAUUUAUUUUCCUUACCAACUUUUUAUACAUUAUCGCUCUCACUUACCUUGAUCCACUUGACAAGCCACAAGCCACAAUAAAAGAAGAAUCAGGAGGCGAUAAUGCACCAAAUGAUAGAAAUCAAGAAAUUGAAUUACCACAAUUAGAAAAUUCUAGAAGAUCUACUGCUGUUGCUGAUUCUAGCCGUGGGAAGGAAAGGGGAAUGGUUCUACCUUUUGAACCAUAUUCUAUCACAUUUGACGAAAUUGUAUACUCUGUUGACGUGCCACAAGAAAUGAAAGAUCAAGGUGUGAUAGAGGAUAGGCUAGUGCUUUUGAAGGGAGUUAGUGGUGCAUUUAGACCUGGUGUUCUCACAGCUUUGAUGGGUGUUAGUGGAGCUGGUAAAACUACUUUGAUGGAUGUAUUGGCUGGUAGGAAAACUAGUGGUUAUAUUGAUGGGAGCAUAAAAAUUUCUGGUUACCCUAAAAAGCAAGAAACAUUUGCUAGAAUCUCUGGCUAUUGUGAGCAGAAUGAUAUCCACUCCCCUCAAGUUACUGUCUAUGAGUCCUUACUGUAUUCAGCUUGGCUUCGUUUACCGGCAGAAGUUGAUUCCAAUACCAGAAAGAUGUUCAUUGAGGAAGUUAUGGAACUAGUCGAGCUGAAUCCGCUGAGGAACUCACUAGUUGGUUUGCCUGGUGUGAGCGGUCUUUCAACCGAACAACGCAAGAGGUUAACUAUUUCAGUUGAAUUAGUGGCCAAUCCAUCCAUAAUUUUCAUGGACGAGCCUACAUCUGGAUUAGAUGCUAGAGCUGCUGCAAUUGUUAUGCGAACCGUUAGGAACACGGUUGACACAGGAAGAACAGUUGUUUGUACCAUUCAUCAACCAAGUAUCGACAUAUUUGAAUCUUUUGAUGAGUUAUUCUUGUUGAAGAGUGGAGGACGAGAAAUAUAUGCUGGGCCAUUAGGUCGUUAUUCUAAUCAAUUGAUCAAGUACUUUGAGAGUAUUGAAGGAGUAAGUAAAAUAAACGAUGGAUAUAACCCAGCAACAUGGAUGUUAGAAGUGACGAGUCCAGCACAAGAAGUUGCAUUAGGUGCUGAUUUUCAUGAGAUAUACAAAAAUUCUGAGCUAUAUAGGAGAAAUAAGCAACUUAUAGAAGAAUUGGGAAAACCUGCUCUUGGUUCCAAGGAUCUUUAUUUCCCUAGCCAAUACUCACAAUCAUUUUUAGUUCAAUGCUUGGCUUGCUUGUGGAAACAACGUUGGUCAUAUUGGCGCAACCCGUUAUACACUGCUGUUAGGUUUUACUUUGCUACUUUCAUAGCAUUGAUGUUUGGAACAAUGUUUUGGGACCUCGGACGCAAAUACACAAGAGGACUAGACCUGUCUAAUGCCAUGGGCUCAAUGUACACUGCUGUUUUCUUCAUUGGGGUCCAAAAUUCAGCCUCAGUACAACCAGUAGUAGCUGUUGAAAGAACUGUUUUUUAUAGAGAAAGAGCUGCUGGAAUGUAUUCUGCCUUACCCUAUGCACUUGCACAGGUUUUAAUAGAGCUACCUUAUAUUCUAGCACAAACAUUAUCAUAUGGUGUAAUAGUUUAUGCCAUGAUUGGAUUUGAGUGGACUGUACCAAAAUUCUUUUGGUACAUGUUUUUCAUGUACUUCACAUUUUGCUACUUCACCUUCUAUGGUAUGAUGACAGUGGCAGUUACUCCAAAUUACCAUCUUGCUGCAGUUUUGGCAUCUGCAUUUUAUGGAAGUUGGAAUCUCUUUUCUGGAUUUGUUGUUCCAAGACCUAGAAUGCCAGUGUGGUGGAGGUGGUACUAUUGGGCAAAUCCUGUAGCUUGGAGCUUAUAUGGAUUAUUUGCAUCACAAUUUGGAAAUAUAACAGACAUAAUGGAAAUGGAAGAUGUUACAGUGCAGGAAUAUAUAAGAAAUUAUUAUGGUAUCAAACAUGAUUUUGUAGGUGUUUCUGCAGCUGUGGUUUUUGGGAUUGCAAUAGCCUUUGCUUUUACUUUUGCUGUAUCAAUUAAAGUCUUUAACUUCCAACAUAGAUAAAUUAGUGAUGUAGGAAGACUGGCUGCACGUAUUGAAGACGAAGUGGCGCGUAAGAAAGGCUCAAUGGGAAUAGUGCAAAUUUGGCAUCCGAUGUUCGAAUGACUUGAAAUAUCGCUUUGCCACGAUGUAUGGGCAUUUUUAGCCAUCCGAAUUCAUCUGAAGGCCCGAAACCGGAUUUUAAUAUUUCAGCCCACUUUUAUUAUUUUUCUGUUUGGAUUUUCGGCCCAUUAGAAUUUUGU